UAAACCCGCCACGCCAUCUUCCCAAAUUGUUUAUCCAGCGCGCCGGCCCCGUCGCUGGUGGCGACCCACCCCGUCCCGCCGCGUCGCCCAAUAGCCACCGCCCACAUAGCCAAAUCACCACCGCCCGCCGACGUGUUCCGCGGCCGACCUCACCGCGCAACCUCCCCUUCCCCCAGUCGCCGUCCUCCUCCCAUCCCCACCAACCAACCUCCCCCCUACUAAACCCGCCCGACCGCCAUGCUCCUCCUCAGAUCCCACCACCUCCUCCUACCCCACGCCGCCCGCCUCCUCGCCCGCCGCGCCGCCGCCGCGCCCCUUCCCCGCACCGCCGCCGCCGCCCGCCUCCGCCCGCUCCGGAUGUCGGCCUCCAACCACUCCGGCGCCGGCGCCAGCUCCCCCUCCGCCCCCUCGCCGCCCCCGGCCCCCGCGAUGCCCAAGUCGAGGAUACCUUUCUGCCCAGCCUGUGGAAGUCCGACGAAAUUGGCCGUGCCAGACGGAGACGAGAAGAUGAGGGCUGUCUGUUCUUCUUGUGGGAGAGUGCACUACGAGAACCCCAAAAUGGUUGUCGGUUGUCUUGUGGAGCAUGAUAACAAGGUCCUCCUUUGCAGAAGAAAGAUUGAACCGGCUUAUGGCCUUUGGACUCUUCCUGCUGGUUAUUUGGAAGUUGGAGAGUCUGCAGCAGCAGGAGCCUCGAGGGAAACAUUGGAAGAAGCUUGUGCAGAUGUGGAGAUAGUCUCACCUUUUGCUCAGUUGGAUAUUCCGCUAAUUGGCCAAAGUUACAUUAUUUUCCGAGCAAGAAUGAAGACCCCCAGUUUCUCACCUGGAUCCGAAUCGCUAGAAUGUGCACUUUUUGCUCUGGAUGAUAUACCGUUCGAUUCUCUAGCAUUUUCUUCAAUCAUUGUCACUUUGAGAAUGUAUAUUGAAGAUGUCAAGGCUGGAAACAUCAAAUUCCACUAUUGCACUAUAAACAAGAGGAUCGGGGCCGGCCCUUCAGAUCUCCGUAGCUUCGAUAUCGACAACCAUUUAGCCGUGUGAGAUCGGGAAGGUUUCAGACCCGUUGUGGUACAUAGGAGAUUGCUUUUGUUAAGUACCAGCUGUGAGACAUUGGCGCAGCAAUCACAUUGGUAAUUAAUGGAGCUGGUCAUGGGUUGCGGUAGAUUGUUUAAGCUGCUGCUGGAAUUGUAAAUGCUUCUGUUUCUCGAAGUCCAUUUUCAGCCCUUUUCCUUUUUCCAAGGAUGUCUUGAGUGAUUCAGUAGAAUGGUUCAUUUUGAUUUUUGCCCGCUUACAGAAAUAGUUGUGGGCUAGUGCCAUGGCAAUUUGAAACUAAAUUCUGUAUUUUUUUUAUCCAACUGUUGCUGUAAACUCUUUCAGUUACAAUGUGAGGGGAAGAUAUCUUGUGAUACCAUGUCAUGCCACAAAAAAUAAAUUUGGAUGUUCAACAGAA